UGUCUACUCUACUCCAACCUCUCACUCUCCUCUGCCCCCAAAAUAUAAAACUUUCUUUCUUUUCAUUUUUUUGCUCUUCUUCUCUUUCCUUUCCUCUGUAUGAUUGUAGAAACAGGGGAAAUAGUAUUCAACAAGAUUUCUACAGAGAAGAGCCAAAAAUUUUGAAACCAGGAAUGUGAGAAGCUUGUUGCUUUUUUUCUUUCUUCUUUCUGUGUGUGUGUGAUUGAUUCCGUGCAUUUGUCUGAAAAUGGGUGUUGCAUGAGAAACCCUGCUGUGGUUCAUCUUCAACUUUGAUUCUAUUAAUGGCAGGCACAGCCAUGGCCGCGGAGCCGACUCAAGAGGUACUUUCUUGGCUCAAAACCCUACCGUUAGCUCCUGAAUAUCACCCGACUUUAGCAGAGUUUCAAGAUCCAAUUUCAUAUAUUUUCAAGAUCGAAAAAGAGGCUUCUAAGUUUGGAAUCUGUAAAAUUGUGCCCCCUGUUCCUCCUUCACCGAAGAAAACUGUAAUUGUCAAUUUCAAUAAGUCGCUUGCAGCUCGUGCUGCCCCCUGUUCUGACUCGACUAAUUCUAAGUCUCCGCCUACAUUCACUACUCGACAACAACAGAUCGGGUUUUGUCCGAGGAAAACACGACCGGUUCAGAAAUCAGUGUGGCAGAGUGGUGAGUAUUAUACAUUCCAGCAAUUUGAGGCUAAGGCGAAGAACUUUGAGAAAAGCUAUUUGAAGAAAUGUACGAAGAAAGGAGGGCUUUCGCCUUUGGAAAUCGAAACGCUCUAUUGGAGGGCAACUUUGGACAAGCCCUUUUCUGUGGAAUAUGCAAACGAUAUGCCUGGUUCAGCUUUUGUGCCAGUAAGUGCUAAAAUGUUCAGGGAGGCAGGGGAAGGAACAACGCUUGGGGAAACGGCGUGGAACAUGAGGGGUGUGUCUAGGGCGAAAGGGUCUCUGUUGAAGUUUAUGAAGGAAGAGAUUCCUGGAGUGACUUCGCCAAUGGUGUAUGUUGCUAUGAUGUUCAGUUGGUUUGCUUGGCAUGUGGAAGACCAUGACUUGCAUAGUUUGAAUUAUCUGCAUAUGGGGGCGGGAAAGACAUGGUAUGGCGUACCUAGAGAUGCUGCUGUGGCUUUUGAGGAGGUUGUAAGGGUUCAGGGAUACGGAGGAGAAAUUAAUCCACUUGUAACUUUUGCUGUUCUUGGUGAGAAGACUACUGUGAUGUCACCUGAAGUUUUAGUUAGCGCUGGUGUUCCAUGUUGCAGGUUAGUGCAAAAUGCAGGUGAAUUUGUUGUCACUUUUCCUCGAGCUUAUCAUACAGGUUUCAGCCAUGGAUUUAACUGUGGGGAGGCAGCCAAUAUUGCAACUCCAGAAUGGUUAAAUGUUGCAAAAGAUGCUGCAAUUCGUAGAGCUUCGAUCAAUUAUCCUCCUAUGGUCUCUCAUUAUCAGUUGCUAUAUGAUCUUGCUUUAAGUUCCAGAGCUCCUCUGUGCACUGGUGCGGAACCAAGAAGUUCACGACUAAAAGAUAAAAGGAGGAGUGAAGGAGACACAGUUAUUAAAGAGUUAUUUGUACAGAAUAUUGUCGAGAAUAACAGCCUGCUGGACAAUCUUGGGGGAGGAGCUUCAGUUGUACUUCUUCCCCCAGGUUCUUUAGAAUCUAUUUAUUCAAGACUGCGUGUUGGAUCCCACCUGAGGUCAAAACCUAGAUUUCCUACUGGCGUUUGCAGUUCUAAGGAAGAAACCAAAUCUCCUCAAAGUUUUGAUUAUGAUAAUCUCGCACUAGAAAAUAGCCCGGUAAUUAAUCGAGUGAAAGGUUUCUAUUCGGCGAAUGGGCCAUAUUCUACUCUAUCUGAAAGAAGCACGGACAAUGUAUGUGCUUCAAGUUUAAGGCCUUUGAAUGCGAACAAUGAACGGGGUGGUAAUGUUCAAAGCAAUGGAUUAUCAGAUCAAAGACUGUUUUCUUGUGUUACAUGUGGUAUUUUAAGUUUUGCCUGUGUAGCCAUCAUCCAACCCAGAGAACAAGCUGCUAGGUACCUUAUGUCAGCUGACUGUAGCUUCUUUAAUGAUUGGGUUGUUGGUUCCGGGAUAGCCAGUGAAGGGAUUUCUACUAGAGAUCGGCAUCCAGUUAGCUCUCAGCAGAUUAGUAACAGUGGAAAAAGAGAUAAGUGUGUCUCUGAUGGGUUGUAUGACGUCCCAGUCCAGGCUGUCAAUCGCCAGCUUCCAUUAGCAGGUGAAAGUUACGAAGCAAACUUAAAUACUGAAAAACGAAAUGAGACUUCUGCCCUUGGCAUGCUUGCAUUGACUUACGGACAUUCUUCUGAUUCCGAGGAGGACAAUGCUGAAGCAGAUGCUGCUUUAAAUGUGGAUGAUGCUAAACUAAUGAUUUGUUCUUCAGAAGACCAAUAUCAGUUUGAAAAUUCUGGCCUUACUUCUGGUGAAUAUAGUAAGAAUACUGCAAUUUUGAAUCACGACCCCUCGUCAUUUGGUAUUAACUCUGCAGAUCAUAUGCAAUUUCAAGUCAAUGACUAUGAAGAAUUUCGACGAGCUGAUUCCAAAGACUCGUUCAAUUGUUCUUCUGAGUCUGAAAUGGAUGGCAUAGGUUCAACGAAGAAAAACGGUUUAACUAGAUAUCAAGAUUCACAUGUGAAUGGCAGAUCUUCCUUAGAUGCUGAUACUGAAAAACCAGUGUUUGACAAGUCCACUGAAACUGUCGAGACUGAGAAUAUGCCAUUUGCUCCAGAUAUCGAUGAAGACUUCUCUAGAUUGCAUGUAUUUUGUCUAGAGCAUGCAAAAGAAGUGGAACAACAACUUCGACCAAUUGGAGGAGUGCACAUUCUUUUACUUUGUCAUCCAGACUAUCCGAAGAUGGAGGCAGAAGCAAAACUGGUGGCACAAGAGUUAAGUAUGAGUCAUCUAUGGACUGAUACGAUAUUCAGAGAUGCCACCCAAGAUGAAGAAAAGAGGAUUCAGUUAGCUUUAGAUAGCGAGGAAGCAAUUCCGGGUAAUGGAGAUUGGGCUGUAAAGUUGGGAAUAAAUCUCUUUUAUAGUGCCAACCUUAGUCACUCUCCUCUUUAUAGUAAGCAGAUGCCAUACAACUCUGUUAUUUAUAAUGCAUUUGGCCGUAGUACUUCUGCCAACUCUUCUGGUAAGCCAAAAGUCUAUCAAAGGAGGACUGGAAAGUUGAAAAGAGUAGUUGCAGGGAAAUGGUGUGGGAAAGUCUGGAUGUCCAAUCAAGUUCAUCCUUUGCUGGAGAAGAGAGAUCCUCAAGAAGAAGAUGUAGACAUCUUUCCUUCUUGGACGAUGUCAGAUGAGAAGGUUGAUAGGAAAUCGGCAAAUAUCCAGAAAAAUGAGACUGUUAAGGUAAAUAGAAAGUCUGCUGGCAAGAGAAAAAUGACUUAUGGGCGCGAAACAAUUAAGAAAGCCAAACUUGUAGAGUCAGAGGACAUGGUUUCAGAUGCUUCGGUUGAAGAUUGUAUCCAUCAGCAUCAUAGUAUUCUACGGAACAAGCAAUCCAAAUUUGUUGAAUGCAAUGAUCCAAUGUCGGAUGAUUCUGUGGAGGAUGAUUCUUCUAGAAAACAUGGAGUUCCCGUCAGCAAGGGAGCGCCAUAUUUUGGUACAGAUGAUACCGGUUCAGAUGAUUCUCUUGGAGAUCGUCAUACUCUGCACAGAGGGUUCUCUGGAUUCAAGCUACCCAGAUGGGGUGAGAUAGAACCUUCAGUUUCUGAUGAUUCCUUAGAGCACUAUUCUUCUCAGCAUCGUGGGAAAAAUAUUAAAAGCAGGACAGGAAAAUACAUUGAGAGACAAGAUGCACUUUCAGAUGAGUGUCUGGAGAGUGGCUCUCUUAAGCAAUAUAGAAGGAUUCCGAAAAGCAAACAAACCAAAGUUCUUAAAAAGAAUGCCAUUUUACAUGAUAUACGAGAUGACAGUUUUCUUUGGCAUCAUCAAAAGCCCUCCAGAAUCAAGAAGGCCAAAUUUAUUGAGACUGAAGAUGCAGUUUCAGAGCACUCCCUAGAAAAUAGUUCUCAUCAGCAUAGAAGUAUGCCUCAAAUAAAACCAGCCAAGCACACUGCGUGGGAAGAUGCAUUUUCAGAUGAUCCAGAUGAAGAUGAUAAUUCUCUUCUGCAGCAUCGGAAUGUUAGAAGUAACAUGCAAUUCCGAGAAAUUACAUCAGACGAUCAGCUUGAUGAUGGCGCUAAUCAAUAUAGUAGGAGGGUACUCCGAAGGAAGCCGGUCAAGACAGAGACAAUUUCGCAAAUGAAACAGGAGAUCCUGCGACCUGUAAAGCGAGGAGCCUCCCAGACUUUGAAAGAAGAAUUUGCUCAAUCUUUAAAACGUGGAGGCCGCCAUACAUUAAAAUUAGAGACCCCUCAGCCAAAAAUACACCAUGCCACAAAUCGACGCGGUAAGAGGAAUGAAAAAUUGACUGAUUUAGAAUCAGAAGACGAGCAACCAGGUGGACCUAGUACACGUCUUAGAAAAAGAACUCCAAAACCUACUAAACUUUCAGAAGCAAAAGUGAAAGAUAAAAAACCAGUUGCCAAGAAAAAGAUGAAGACUGGUUCAUCUUUGAAGACUCCAGCAGGCCAUAGAGAUUCGAAAGCAAGGGAUGAGGAAUCAGAAUAUCUUUGUGACAUCGAGGGUUGCAAUAUGAGUUUUGGUACAAAACAAGAACUUGCCUUACACAAACGAAAUAUCUGUCCUGUCAAGGGGUGUGUGAAGAAGUUUUUCUCACACAAGUACCUUGUGCAGCAUCGUCGAGUCCACAUGGACGAUCGUCCCCUCAAAUGUCCAUGGAAGGGCUGUAAGAUGACUUUCAAAUGGGCAUGGGCACGAACAGAACAUAUUCGUGUCCAUACAGGUGCUCGCCCUUAUGUUUGCGCUGAACCAGGCUGUGGUCAGACAUUCAGAUUUGUUUCGGAUUUCAGUCGUCACAAGCGGAAGACUGGACAUUCGACAAAGAAAGGUAGAGGUUAAUAUUGCGGCAGAUGAAAUGUGUUUAACUUGGAUAGUUAUUCUGUUGGUUAAUUGACAGAUUUAGGAUUUUAGAUAUAGGGAUAGGUUUAGAACAUCCCUGUAAUUAUUAUCAUUCAGAGUAACAAUUAAUUCUGUUGUGCUGUCUGUUUUCAUUGGUGCUAUUUAUUUUAUGUAACCUGAGCAAUUGCUUGGAUCUUCAAACAUUCUUCGCCAAUGAAAGUCAGAUGCUAAUCCUGAUCUUGGUUGGGGGUUGGACCUUACCCCUUCUGGGAACUUUGUGCAGCUUUCUUUUCCUUCCAUUGAUGAUGCAAUGAUUUACUUUUACAACUGAAAUACUGGUGCUAUAUUUGGUGGCACAUCCUUUUGUUUAUGAUAUUUGUACAUUAAACAUUUUAGAAAUCUACUUUGAGACCUACUCUGGAA